CUUGUAAAACACCAGAUUGGUACACAUGUGCCGUCCUGUUUUGUUGGAAAGAAAUCCAGCACCCACAGCGGCCCGAUGUGGAAUAGUUUGGGAACCCCUGUGCUAAGUCUGCAAGAAAUACAAUCAUGACGGACUCCAAGUAUUUCACAACAAAUAAAAAAGGGGAGAUUUUUGAGCUCAAGGCCGAGCUCAACAAUGAGAAGAAGGAGAAGCGAAAGGAAGCCGUCAAAAAGGUCAUUGCUGCCAUGACUGUUGGCAAGGAUGUCAGCUCUUUGUUCCCAGAUGUGGUCAAUUGCAUGCAGACCGACAACCUAGAGCUGAAGAAGUUGGUGUACCUCUACUUGAUGAACUAUGCAAAGAACCAGCCGGACAUGGCCAUCAUGGCUGUCAACAGUUUUGUCAAGGACUGUGAGGACCCUAACCCCCUUAUCCGGGCCUUAGCAGUCCGAACAAUGGGCUGCAUCCGUGUUGACAAAAUUACCGAGUACCUUUGCGAGCCUCUGAGAAAAUGCCUGAAGGACGAAGACCCGUACGUGAGGAAGACAGCGGCGGUGUGUGUGGCCAAACUUCACGACAUCAACGCCCAGAUGGUGGAGGACCAGGGCUUCUUGGACUCGCUGAGGGAUCUCAUCGCCGACUCCAAUCCCAUGGUUGUCGCUAACGCUGUAGCCGCUUUGUCAGAGAUCAGCGAGUCUCACCCCAACAGCAACCUGCUGGACCUCAACCCCCAGAACAUCAACAAGCUUCUGACGGCCCUCAACGAGUGCACCGAAUGGGGCCAGAUCUUCAUCUUGGACUGCCUAUCCAACUACAACCCCAAAGACGAGCGUGAAGCCCAAAGCAUUUGCGAGCGCGUCACUCCGCGGCUGUCGCACGCCAACUCUGCGGUAGUCCUUUCUGCCGUAAAGGUUCUGAUGAAGUUCUUGGAGCUUUUGCCAAAAGACUCUGACUAUUACAACACCCUGCUGAAGAAGUUGUCGCCGCCGCUCGUUACCUUGCUCUCCGGUGAGCCGGAGGUCCAAUAUGUGGCUCUGAGGAACAUCAACCUCAUAGUUCAGAAAAGGCCUGAGAUCCUCAAGCAGGAAAUUAAAGUGUUCUUUGUCAAGUACAAUGACCCCAUUUACGUAAAGCUGGAGAAACUGGACAUCAUGAUCCGCUUGGCUUCUCAGGCAAACAUUGCUCAGGUACUGGCUGAGUUGAAGGAGUAUGCUACAGAGGUGGACGUUGACUUUGUGCGCAAGGCUGUCCGUGCCAUUGGUCGUUGUGCGAUUAAAGUAGAGCAAUCGGCAGAACGCUGCGUCAGCACCUUGCUAGACCUAAUCCAGACCAAAGUCAACUAUGUCGUGCAGGAGGCCAUCGUGGUCAUCAGAGACAUCUUUCGCAAGUACCCCAACAAGUACGAGAGCAUCAUUGCCACCCUGUGUGAGAAUCUGGACUCCCUGGAUGAGCCCGACGCUCGUGCCGCCAUGAUCUGGAUCGUGGGCGAGUACGCCGAAAGGAUCGACAAUGCAGAUGAACUGCUGGAGAGCUUCCUCGAGGGCUUCCAUGAUGAGAGCACCCAGGUGCAGCUGACUCUGCUGACCGCCAUUGUCAAGCUCUUCUUGAAAAAGCCAUCUGAGACGCAAGAGUUGGUGCAGCAGGUCCUUAGCCUGGCCACACAGGACUCGGACAACCCGGACCUGCGCGACAGGGGCUACAUCUAUUGGCGCCUGUUGUCCACAGACCCGGUAACCGCUAAGGAGGUGGUACUGUCCGAGAAGCCCCUCAUCUCCGAAGAGACGGAUCUGAUAGAGCCCACCCUGCUGGAUGAGCUUAUCUGCCACAUUGGCUCACUGGCGUCUGUCUAUCACAAGCCACCCAGCGCCUUUGUGGAGGGCAGCCACGGAAUCCACCGCAAACACCUCCCUGUCCAACAUAGCAGCAUUGAGACAGGAGAGAGUCCGGUGAGUGGCGGCCCAGCAGCUGCUAUGGACCAGCCGCAUGUCAUCCCAAGCCAGGGCGAUCUACUCGGCGACCUUCUCAACCUGGACUUGGGUCCACCGGUCAAUGUUCCUCAGGUGUCCUCCAUGCAGAUGGGUGCCGUGGACCUUCUGGGGGGUGGCCUGGACAGCUUGCUGGGGGGAGACCUGGGCGGCGGUGUUGGGGGAAGUCCAGCUGUUGGGCAAAAUUUUAUCCCUUCGUCCGUCCCGAGCACUUUUGCUCCGUCGCCAACUCCUGCGCCUCCGGCUGUCAGCAGCAGCGGCCUGAACGACCUUUUCGAACUCUCCACAGGAAUGGCCAUCACAUCUGGAGGCUAUGUAGCCCCGAAAGCUGUGUGGCUGCCUGCAGUUAAAGCCAAAGGAUUGGAGAUCUCUGGAACUUUCUCUCGUCGCCAGGGCCACAUGUACAUGGACAUGACAUUCACGAACAAGGCCCUGCAGCACAUGACCGACUUUGCUAUUCAGUUCAACAAAAACAGCUUUGGGAUGAUCCCAACCAGCCCACUGCCCAUGCAUACUCCACUGAUGCCCAGCCAGGCCAUUGAUGUUUCUUUGCCCAUAAACACCAUUGGGCCAGUCAUGAAGAUGGACCCCCUUAACAAUCUUCAGGUUGCUGUGAAGAACAACAUAGAUGUUUUCUACUACAGCGUCCUCAUCCCUCUCAACAUAUUCUUUGUUGAAGAUGGAAAAAUGGAACGACAGGUGUUCCUUGCUACCUGGAAAGACAUUCCCAAUGAAAAUGAACUACAGUAUCAGAUAAAGGAGUGCCACUUAAAUGCUGACACAGUGUCUGGCAAACUGCAGAAUAACAACAUCUACACCAUUGCCAAGAGGAAUGUGGAGGGUCAGGACAUGCUCUACCAGUCCCUCAAACUCACCAACGGUAUUUGGAUCCUGGCUGAGCUGCGCAUCCAGCCGGGCAACCCCAACUACACGCUGUCUCUCAAGUGUCGGGCCCCUGAGGUCUCUCAGUAUGUGUACCAGACAUACGACGCCGUGCUGAAGAACUGAGUGGCUUGCUUCAUCCACAUGAUCCAACCUCAGUGCUAACUUCCUAUUCAAAAUGGAGGCGAGAUACAGGUUUCCUCAAAGUAGAUUUAAAAAAUAAGGUAAAUGUUGUAGUUAAUAAUGUAAAUGUGUUGAUAUUGUGAUCCCAGUUGACACACUAGACACAUUACAACAGCUUUCACAUGUAAAAAAUUAUUCUUUCGCUAGUGUGGUAUGUGUCAGUCAUUCCAUUUUUAAAUCUUAAUGUUGUAACUGAUCGAAGUGAAAAGUAGAAACUUUUUUUCUACAGCAACCUACGACCGUGAUAUUAGCUCGCUCCUAAUAAGACACUCCAUUUUUAAUGACCAAAUUACUGUCUCUCAAAAGUGAAAGUAAUGGAAAAUUUCCAGCAUAUUUAUGCAAAUUAUAACUGCAAUGUAAAAAUGUUUUAUUAACAUAAGGCCAGUUUUCAAAAUCUUCCCACUAUUGCAAACACAGAAAAAUGCUACUUAUUGUUUAUCUACCUCCUUUCACGCUAGCCUUUUUGUUGCAUUCCCGUUUCCAUUCUUUUCUUUCCAUAAUCGAGCCAGUUCGAACUUUAUGCACCGCACUUGAACCUAACUUGCAGGGCCAAGCAUUCACUUGUGAAAUGCCAAUUUUUGUUGUAUUUUAAUCUGAUUAUAGUGACAGAUAAUGACCCCCAAUGGUUGGCGCAACCUACUAUGGCAUUACCCUUCAUAUGAUAAUCCAAUUAAAUCUUUCAGUGCCAUUGACGAUGAUAGACGUCCAAUCAUGUGGCUCUUAUUAUACUUCUGCCAUGAAUUUAAAUCAGUUUAUCGCUAGUAGGCAUCCAAGCCAUUUGCACUGGGCUUAAAUGGAUUGGACGUCGAUUGCAGACAAUGACUUAAGCCAAUUUCUAAUAGAAAUCGCUGCGUACAUGUAUGAUUCGUGUUGGUGGGAUUAUGUAAAUGUCCAGUUUUAUCCCUUGUGGUGGAUUUUCUGAAGACGUCUGUAUUUUUAUGCGUAUUUAGCUGCACUCGCAUAAACACUCCACACGGUUGUCAGCAGUUACAGAAAGUAAGAAUGUUAGUUCAUACAUUUUUCACUGUAAUGAAAAUGAUUUAUUGCACCACAUCUGAUAACAAUAAAGUGUUACCACCAUGCAUUGCUCUCGUCUGUAAAAGCUGAAAAUUUGGACUUGAAAUUUGGACAAACGGUAGAUGGACAAGAAUCUUUACUUUAUAGCAUUUACUGUUUUAGUUGGUUGUUAAAACUGUAUUUGAAGCUGACGUUUUGGUGACCUUCAUCCCGGCGCUCUGGAGCAAAAACAGAUUACAUUGGUGAAUUCAAUCGAACUUUACAUUUUUUUUUGACACACGCUAACAUUUUUAAUGUCUUACCAUGGUGACCCUUCCGGGGUUCACUCAGCCACCGGUGAUGUCGAAGCUCUUUCAGGGUGGGCCGUUCUUCAGGCUCUGCGGUCAAACUCUUCUUCAGGAAAUCCCGACAACCUUGAUGCAACAAAUAUGAGGAUGACAAUCAAGCACUAACAAACUUAACCCUUUACAGGGCACUAAAAUGAAAAAAAAAAAGUGUUAUUAGGGGCCAUAAGUAGUUUUGUUUUCCAUAGAAAUAAGUCAAUAGAAAGGGACCCAUAGAUGCCCCAAGAAACAGAUCACCUAACAUCAACAGGAAGUGACCCGAAAGUGCCCCAAACUCAACAGGAAGUGACUAAAAUAAGCAGGAAAUGACCCAAAAUCAACAGUAAGUUACCCGAGAGUUUACCGACCAGCAGACUUGAGCACCACAGAAAUUGUUUUCCCAUAAAUGUAUUUUUUAAUUAACAUUUUAUUGAUUUAUAGGUGCAACAGUAGUUAUUUAUAAAAAAUAUCGCAAAUGCAAUAUUCACAAUAAAAAAUAACAACUUUGUAAAAAAUAUUUUUUUAAUUACCAAAACUUAAGGUGGACCUGACUAUAAGCCGCCACCCACCAAAUUUGACACAAAAAUGGCAUUUGUUCAUAGAUAAACCGCAAUGGACUGUAAGCCGUAGCUGUCCUCACUAUAAUGAGAUAUUUACAUCAAAAGAUGUCAACUGGUAACAGUUAUUUGACGGCGGCAUCCAUGAAGCUUUGAAUCAUUGUUUCAAGAAACUUAAAUUUGGCCAUCACUGUUCUGCUCGGGGGAAAUA